AUGUAUGACCCAAAUAUUGAUAAUCCAUCAAAUUUGGUCAAGUUGCCUCCUCGUGGACGUGGUGAUCGAUCACAAUCACAAAUUAGAAUAUCGAGAUCAUCUACAUUAAAUCGAUCGUUGCAUCGUACUUUAUCAAAUGAAACUGUAUCUUCAUCGAUUACUCGUCGUUCAAAACAUCGAUCUUCUUCCGGACGGAGUCAUCAUCGAAGAAAAGUCGUAGCUGAUCCAAACAUUCAUUCUACCAAUGUUUUAUCAUCGUCUAACAAAUCCGAAAACAAUGUUCAAGAUAUUCAAAACUUGGAUCAAAAUGAUGAAAUGAUAACAACACAAUCUGGUACUGAUGUUCUCGAUCGUGAUUAUUAUCAAAAUCUAAAUUCUACAACUAAUUCUGUUCAAUUAAUUCAUCCAUUUGAAGUUGAUAAAGUACUUCCACCGAAAAUUACAACAACUUUUUCAGGGAAAAAAAAGGCAGAAGAAGUUUUGAAAUUCUUCGAGAUGCAAUCUUAUGGAAUGUACAAAUGUUUAUUAUGUGUAGACGAACAGAAGAUAAUACGACAGUACAAGCGAAGUACGGCAAACUUGAGAUCGCAUCUUCUUGUUCAUGGUAUGAACGAUUAUGCAUUCAAAUCACAAGAAGAUCAACGAAAUUCAGAAAAAAAUAUAACUUCUGUUAUUUCACUAAGUCUGCAAAGAAAACAUGAAAUCGAUGAAGCUCUAUUACAAUGUAUUAUUGGAGCUGGUUUACCUUAUAAUAUGUUUAAUCAUAAUGCUGUUAUUCAAUUUCUUCACGUUCUAGAACCGGGAUAUACACCACCUGAUAGACGUACAUUAUCAUCUCGUAUAAUAAGUGAAUAUAAUGAAUAUGUUAAUGAUCUUAAAAGUAUUUUGCCUCAUGUUGGACCAUUAGCAUUUGCAAGUGACAUUUGGAAAGAUAUUUCACGUCAUCAUAUGAUCUCUCUGUCUGUUCAUACAUUUACAUUUGAUUUCGAAUAUAUCUCGUUACCGAUAUCAUUUCAUAUUUUUCACGAACGGGAACUAUCAGUUAAUAUACGAGGAUUUUUUGAACAUGAACGUGAUCGAUUUAACUUAAAUACAAGAAUUUUAGCAGGAAUAACAACCGACAACGGUCCGAACAUAAAGUCGGCUGCAUCUUAUAAUAUAUUUGGCCCUCGCUUUGCAUGUUUGGCUCACUGCUUAAAUUUAACGGUGCAUCAUGCCUUAUGCUUAUGGGUAAAGCCAGAUCCGAAGAAAUAUCCAUUUGAUUCAGCUCAUCAUGAAAUAACUGAUUCUUUAAUUGAUGACGAAGAUGAUGAAUUGACAUCUGAUCUUCCAGAAUGUAUUUCAUCAAUUUCAUUGGGUGGUGAAAAUAGUAUAGAUGAUGAUAAUCAAAAUCUUGCACAUCUCAAUCACACUUCAUCAUAUUCUGAUAAUCUUUCGUCUUCAUUUUUUGUUCAGACGAAAGACUAUUUAGACAUUGAACUAUCGGAGGAUAAUAGUCAAAUAGUAAAUCCUCGAAAUAAUGAAGAAAUCUAUAAAUUUCUUCUUCGUGUGUAUGCUCUUCUUCGUAAAGUACGUAUUUUCAUAUCAAUGGCUCGUGAAGUUGCUGCUCUUCAACGUCAUAUUCAUAACAAACUUGGUGAUAAUAAUGGUGGAUUUAUUCUCGAUGUUAAGGUAAGAAACAGUUUUCACUUCAUUUUAAAUGCUAUUCAUGAAAUCGUUCGUCUCUAUGUCAUAUCACAUGUAUAUUUCAAUAUAUGAAAGGUACGAUUGUGUGAGUAUUGUGCAGAAAAACUGGCUAGAAAUCCUCUGUUAUUUCAUUAAGAAUAAUAUUUGAAGAGAAAAGGUUUGCUAUUUAAGGUGCUGACGAAUGAAAAUUUAAGGAAAGAAUUUAUGCAGCUUUUUAUUUUUUGUGAUUAAACACAAAUCAUGACUGCACCUAUAGAAAUGUUGUUUUUUACAUUUUUUACAUAUACAGACGGUGCUUUUCAAGUUCAACGUAUGAAAAUAAGGUUUAAAAAGAUCAGAAAGUACUAUCAAAAUUGAAAUACGCUAAAAUCAUAAAGUUAUGGUAGUCUCCAUGCUUAUCCAAGUAUUUCUUUUGAUUAUGCUGGAAAAAUAGUAAAAAAAAAAGUAUGCAUGUUUUUUUCGAAAAAUAUUGUUUAUCUGUUGUGGAAAUGAGUUUUUCGAUUUGAUAGAAAAGUACAUCAUAAAUACACAUUUGCACUCAGAUAGUUUCACGAUCAUAACGUUUAUUUCAGAUUCAAUUAAUAUCAUAUUUAGAAUUAACACGAAGAUCUAAUUUUAUCUAAUUGCAUGCUUAAUACUUAAAGUAAGUCUUAACCAACUUUCGUUUUUCACUCUUCUUUUUGCAUUCAAAUGUUAUAGUCUGUGCCUCCCCUACAGUUCAAAAUUGGCUAAGACUUACUUUAAGUAUUAAGCAUGCAAUUAGAUAAAAUUAGAUCUUCGUGCUAAUUCUGAAUAUGAUAUUAAUUGAAUCUGAAAUAAACGUUAUGAUCGUGAAACUAUCUGAGUGCAAAUG